AUGCCCACGACCAACACCAAUGAAGAUAUGAGCUCGUACAUCUACCCGCUGGUCGCCGUCAGACGCAGGCUCAGCAUGUCCUUCAAUCCAGCCAAAGCCCCAAUCCCAUCAGGCGCCUUGUCACGGAUCAUCUGGCAUCUCCUUCGAAUUUGCCUCUCAUUCUCGCUAUUGCCUGUCGAUAACACCAUCCUUGUGGUCGCAGGGUUCCUAGUUUGUCUCCGCUCAGCAGCCAAUCGCCGCCGAGUGGCACGGACUGUCAGACCUCACCCCAGAACGGUUCUCAUCACAGGUGUAGGCACUGCACACGGCUUAGCUCUAGCGAGGUCUUGGGCUGCAAAAGGGCAUCGUGUGGUUGGGGCGGAUGUUACAGACCUGAAUCUGCCUGUGCGCUCAGGCGGGAGCCUGUCAAAGGCCAUAGUUACAUUUUACCAAAUUUCCAAGGACCACUACGUCUCCCGGCUGCUCGACAUCAUCCAACGGGAGAAGGUGGACCUGUGGAUCCCAUGCUCACCCAAUUCGACCUCCAUUGAAGAUGGAAUGACUCGGCAGGUCAUCGAGAGCCGCACCAGCUGCAAGUGCAUCGCUCUCCAGACUGAGUUGGCAAAUUGCUUCGCCGAUCCGCAUUCUUUCAGGCUUUAUCUGAUCGAACAGGAGCUUCCUGUGCUUGAGUAUCAUACUGUCAGAUCUCGCGACGCAGUGCAUAAGAUCCUACAUCGGUCGCCCACCAAAAGCUACCAGAUUUCUCGGGCGACCCCAUCUGCAACCGACAAGACCCUCCUUCUUCCGAGGCGUACGCUGAGCAACACAUACACGAGCAUCAGCGAAAUACAGAUUACCAAGGAGAGACCCUGGAUUCUGCAGCAACAAGCCCGUCUCGGCGAGGUAUUCGCGGACCUGCUUGUUGUCCGUGGACACGUCCAGGCCAUUAAGGUCCGGCUGUCGGAUUCCCAUCCGUCUACAAGGGGCUCUCGUCUGGACAAGGCUUUGGAUUUUUCUGUCCAUAAGCUCAUGCAGACAUUCGCUGCCAAAGGUGGUGUUUGCUUGACAGGCCAUCUGACUAUCAAACUCAUGGUCGACGAGGAAUUUGACGCACACUCUGUCCGACACACUAUCUACAUUGCCGGUUGCACGUCUGGCGCAGAAACUGUCGAGAAUCUCAUGUACAAUGAGCCGUGUAGUCUUAUCUCUGGCUAUCUCUUCGUUUUCCCUUCGGAUCCAGUUGAGAUAGCCCACACAACACCGACACUGUUACCAGCCCAUUCAAAACCAACAUUCCCCCGAGCUGCCAUCCUUUCGGCUGCUUUGCAAUUUUCAUUGUUCCACUAUUUAUUCACGGCCCUAGAAGUUGCUCGGACAGAGCUAGGGAGGCUCUUCUUCUGGAAUGACCCGCUGUUCUCAGUGGUUGAUCCGGUUCCUUGGUGGUGGCAAGUGCAUGUUUAUCAGCCAUUGCGAGAGAUUUGGGGUCUGGUGAAACAAAUCCGUGAGGCAGGACUGACUAGUUGA